AUGUUAGUACCGGCUCUACUAAAAAGCGAGUUCUCUAAGGGAAAAAAUGUUGAGGGAGAAACUGCGGUCGUUGUCUUACUAGGAUUUACUAUUAAACAAACUAAAGUUAUGAUGGCAGUUUUUGAAUAUUUCAGAAAUAGCAUGCUUAUAGUAGUUCUGGUGGCUGUUUUAAGCAUUAAAUUUCUAGAUUUCGACCCCUUCGACGGUAUUAAGCCCUAUGAAUUACGAAAUUUCUUGGCUCAGCUCAAUAAUAAAUAUGAAGGAGAAGCCAUUAAAUUUGCUAUAUUUAGAAAGAAGAUUGUGUAUGUCGUCAGUUUUCUUAAAGGAAACCUAGUAGAAUUAGCUUUUAAUGAAUAUGAUAUUGAUGAUAAAGAAUGGAAUUGGGAUAUCUAUGCCGAGUUUACCAUAUGGUUUGAAAAAGCUUUCGGAGAUCCUAACCCUGCUGGAACCGCAGAACGAGAAUUGAGAAACCUAAGAUAG